AUGCCUGAUACAAAAGAGGGCACCUGUGACUCUCCAGGUGAUGUAAGGGGUCAGAAAAUAGGAGCUGCUCAGUUACCACUGGCUGAGUGUCACUUGGCUUUGAUGAUGUCCUUAAUUUGCAUUCUGCUGCUGCUGAUCAUCCUGGGGGUGGCAUCUCUUUGCUACAAGUUCCAUGUCUUCUGGUAUACACAGAUGAUCUGGGCCUGGCUCCAAGCAAAACGCAAGCCCCAAAGAGCCCACAAUCAAGAAAUCGACUAUGAUGCGUUUGUUUCCUACAGCGAACAGGACUCAGAAUGGGUGGAGAACGUAAUGGUACAGGAGCUAGAGCAAGCUCACCCUCCAUUUAAGCUCUGCCUUCAUAAAAGGGAUUUUCUGCCAGGCAAAUGGAUUAUGGACAACAUUGUUGACUCCAUUGAGAAGAGUAAGAAAACCCUCUUUGUGCUGUCGGAGCACUUUGUGAAGAGCGAGUGAUGCAAGUAUGAACUUGAUUUCUCUCACUUCCGUUUUUUUGAUGAAAAAAACGACGCAGUAAUUUUGGUCCUUCUGGAGCCCAUUCCAGGCAAAUCUGUCCACAAAAAGUUUUGCAAACUGAGGAAACUAAUGAAUACAAAAACCUACCUUGAAUGGCCAAGGGAUGAAGAUCAACAACCUCUGUUUUGGUUUAACUUGAAGAUGGCAAUAAAAACUUAGGACUGGCUGCAGAAUUCUGGACAUUUUUCAUAAAGUGAGCAGUU